ACCGGUAGCUACCAUAGCUUUGGCUACUUGCGCCCUGCCCAUUGAAACAUUUUGUUUCCUGCUCGAGCGCUCGCGCUUGUAGGUUUCCUACAUACUACCCAGAGCUCUUGUCUCCUUGUUCUUGUCGAAGCAUGCCUCUCGCUGUUGAGCUUCUGUAUGCUCGUCUACCGCUACCAGAAAUAUUCGCCCCGUUGAAGACUGGGCCAUUAUUGCAAACUGCCAUUUUUGACCUUCUCCGUCGGUCCAUCCAUUCUCUUGCGAAGACUUUGUGGUAAUCGCCAAGGCUUUGCUACGCUCGAGCGCCGUCGGCUGCCAAGAGAAAGGGGUUGGCCAUUGAUAAUCUUUACCAAUUUAGGGCUUCGAGGAGUGCGGUGCUAGCUAGCCAUCCAUCAUGAAGUGUUACCAGCCCAGUGCCUUGACAGCUAUCGUUAUUCAUGUGAUCAGCCUAUUGCAACUCAGCAUGGUUGCCAGUCAGCUCAAAACUUCAAACAGUUCUUCUUGUGAGCAAAGAAAUCUGGCGGGCUUCAACAUUAACCUUCUAAGCAGUCCCGGCAUUUUUCCGGCAGAGCGUGCCGAUAUAAUGGACAAUCUGCGCGUGGCAGAUGAGGGCUGCGCAGUGGUGAAGCCGUUGGGAAGCCAGGUGACCGAAUUGAACUUUACUGACUCCAUGCUCGGUAAAGUCUUGAGGAUCGACUGCAACACUCCGGAGG